CAACGAUGGAUGAACCCAACGACCAUGCGAUCGCCCUCAGCAUGGCGCAGGCCGUUGAGGCCGAUGCAGAGCUGAUUGCCACCCUCAUCCGUGAAGAAGAACAGGCUAGACGAGACUUCGAAUUGGCUAGGCAGCUGGAACAGAACCCAGAUGCUAUCCCCGAAACAGGUGACGGCGCUGACCAUAGUGGACUUGAUGACGAAACUUAUCGUACACUGCAGGCUUUCAACGUCGCUGCGCAGCAAGGAGAGAGCACUGGAGUUGAGGCGGAACUUAGCCAUGAAGAAACUCACGAAGCCUCGAGUGCUGCUGGAGGAGAUGGGACAGGUGUUGAGAGCGCUACUGGUGACGACGCACAGAGUGACGCUGAUAACCAGAGCUACGACACAGCUCCUCGAGAUGAUGUCUCCCAAAGAGACGAAGGUGAGAUCCAGGGAGAAGAGAUCCAACCAGAGGAGACCCAAGAAGAGGGAGAUGCCGACGAUCAACCAGAAACCACUCAGGUCGCAUCCCCCGCCCCCUCCGAGCUAUAUGUCGAGACAAAGGAGUGUCUCUACUGCAGCGACGAGUUCCCCAUCGACAUGAUUUUCGAAGCUCCCUGCUUCCACGCAAUGUGCCAGCCAUGCCUAAUUAGAAGCAUUCGAACGGCGAUCAAAGACGAGUCCCUCUUUCCACCUAAAUGCUGUGGACAGGCUAUUCCUGUGGACACGACAAACACAUUCAUCCCAGAGGAGUUGUUGACUGAGUGUGACAAUAAACGUGAGGAAUACGAAACAACCAACCGCACGUACUGCAGCGACAAGGCAUGCUCUGAAUUUAUACCUCUGCGUACCAUCGAAGCUGGUAUUGCCCGCUGCACUCGCUGCGAGACGAGGACAUGCCUCAAUUGUCUGAGCGAGGCACACGAGGGUACAUGUACCGACGACCCUGAGUCACAACGAGUUAUUCGCCUGGCAGAGGAACAUGGAUGGAGGCGCUGUGAACAGUGCAAGAACAUGGUCGAGCUGACCCAUGGCUGUUUUCACAUCUCUUGUCGAUGCGGCCACCAGUUCUGUUACCUAUGCGGGAGACAGUGGAAGACCUGUAACUGUCCUCAGUGGGAUGAGCGUCGCCUCAUGGCGCGAGCAGGAGAACUUGCUGCUGCACGAGCAAGAGCACCAGUACCAGCACCAGUAGCGCGACCCGUUCAGCCCGUUGGUUGCCGCCACCGAAACUACAGGCCCUUUGACCGUGUGGAGGGUGAAGAUGAGUGCAACGAUUGUGGGAGUGAGAUGCGGCAAUACAUCUUUUCUUGCCCAAAUUGUGAGCUCGUGCUUUGUCGUCGAUGCCUCGAGGCUCGCCGAAACCAGCGAGGUUGA